AUGAAUUAUGAAUUAUUAUCAGGUGAACAAUUUAUCCUCGAUGCACUUAAUAGUGACCAAGAAUGGCAAGAAAUAGUUAAAAGUAUGGACGAUUCUUUCGGCGUUAUCAUUCUCAAUCAACAUGCGAUUCCAAUGACUUUAAAUUGGCUAUGUAAUACAGCAAAUAUGCCAAAUGUUCACGCACGGACGUUAUUUUUCACUAUAGACAGUAACUCUUAUAAUAUUUUGUCGGAUUAUUAUCCGAAUUUAAAAAUUUUCCAAUGGAUGACACCAUGUUUAAAGGAAAAAUUUUUACCAAAUGAUCCUACUUAUAUGAGUUUUUUUGUUCUACGAACGAAUAUUAUUCGAUCAUUAAUAGAAUUUAAUCGUUCUUUUUGGAUGAUCCAACCGGAUACAUUUUGGCAAAAAAAUUUAUAUUCCAUAAAUUUGACAAAUAUGUCAACUUAUGAUAUAUUAAUUGAUCAACAAGGUUCAGAAGCAUCUCAUGAAUUACGAAAACGUCAAAUGAAUGGAGCAAAUUUUUUCAUAAGAAGUUCAGCCGUAACAAAAAAAUUAUUCGAUAAUGUCUUUUGGUACCAAACUAAUUUUUAUGUGACAGACCCGGAAAUGAUUAAAUUUUUUUGCAGUCAAGGAACUAUUUAUCGGUGUGAAUUUAUUGACUACAGCAUUAUAUCGGGUUGGGAAUGGAUUUAUACAAAUCAAAAAAAUCCACCAUAUUUGAUUCAGUUGGAUGGCGAAACAAGUGGCAAAAAAAUUCAAGCCAUUAAAGAUUAUAAAUUGUGGUUUUUAAAUGAUGAUUUGUCUUGUAAGCCUAAUACUGUUUACGAUGCUAUAAAAAUGGUGGCUCAAGGCAAAGUACCAAAAAUUAAAACUACAUCAAAGUUAAAACAAAUGUUUUGUAUUGCACUUGGACAAUUCCUUAAUGAAAUUCCUAUAUUUGGAAAAUUUCAUAAACUUUACGGUGGUAUGGCGGCUCUCUAUCUUCAGAUUUUUUAA